AUGGACAGCAAUUUCCCAAAUUUCAGCGAGUUCAUUCGUGUUCGUGCACUGACGAGAUGCUGGAAAAGCGUGGUGUUUGUGGUGUAUAUUUUUCUUUUCAGCAAUUGUAUCCAAGUGUUAGAGGUGAUUUGUGCCUACUGUAAGGACAGCCAAGCUCUGCCACCUUGGAGACAAAGGGAUAAGAAAACUUUAUCCAGGAUGGGCCCUACAAUCACUCUUAUUUCUGUUCUCAUCCUCUGGGCAGCCACGCAGGGAAGGGGAGGUGAAAUUACAGAAAAAGGCCUCUCUUUGCUGGGGUACCAUCUGUGCAACUACACCCUGACCAGAAGUGUGUUUAAAAUGGUUGCCUACCAAAGGUCCUAUGAGAAGAACACGUCCUGUGGAGGGUGGAUCCCGUGGAUGGUGUGUCCCCAGACACACUACAGAACAGAGUUUCACACUGUUGAGGUCCCUGAAACCAUCACCCUCACAGAUUGCUGUGAAGGAUAUGAACAAGUUGGACUCUACUGCUCUCUAGCACUCAAUAGAUCCAGUGUAUUUGCCUCAAGACCUGGUAUUUGUCCAGUGAAGGAUAUGGAAACAUUUGAUUUUCCUUGCACGUUCGAUACUGAAUGUCCAGGGCUGAAAAAAUGCUGCAGCUCAUCCAAAGGAGCAGGCUGUGUGGAUCCCAUGCCAGAGGGGAGGAUGUUCUGGUACAACGUGACAGUGCUUGUGAAAAUGGAUUUUAAUGAAUUAGUCCGGGUGGAUUCCCACCUUCUGAAUCAUUCCCGCCUUUUGCACUCCAUGAUCACUGGUGCAUUGCAGCCCCUGAAUGUCUCUGUGCAUCACAUCCAGAGUACCCGUGGGGACAUCUACACAGGGACAGUGGCCUCCCAGGUUCUCCUUGGAAUGCACCACCCAGCUGCCCUGGCAGAGGUUUCCUCCUCCCUGGAGGCCAUGGUGAAGCACGUGUAUGAAGUGAUUGACACACAAGUGCAAGAUGUCAAUGAAUGCUCCUAUGCUGAAUUCAAUGCUUGCCCUGAGAAAAGCAGCUGUGUAAACCUGGAGGGUUAUUACAGCUGCCACCCUCAGCAUGAACAUGCCACUGCCAUCCCUCACUGGCUGAGCCCAAGGGAGGAAGGCAUUGUAGCAUCCACUCCAAGUUCAAUAAAUGCUGUUAACACUGGCAGUAGCUCUCCUCCUAUAAGGAAAUCAAGUCUCUUGUCCAUAACCAACCAAUCUGGAGAUGCUGGGUGCUAUCCCUCUGCAAUUACAAACCAUCGAAUCCUCAGCGUCACCAGCAGCAGCUUUGAAAUGUCCUGGCUUGUCAGUUCCACUCUGAACCACACUUUCCAAGUCCGGGUGUCCAAGGGCAAUGAAACUGUGCAAGACCUGAAGACAGAGGAAAUGCAAAUGGAUGUGUCUCACCUGGAAGCAGGUGUGAUGUAUUCAGUAGAGAUCAGCUAUGAAACUUGUGGAAAAACUAUUAUCUCCAGUCAAAAUGUUAAAACAGAGGCCAAGAUAUUUGAUGUUACUAUGAGGAUUCUCAACUACAACUUCACUGAUGAUUUCCAUAAUUCCAGCAGCUCAGCAUAUGAGGAAUUUUCAAGACUGUUGCUUACAGAGCUUGAAAAUUCAUUUCCACCCAACAUUUCUGCCUUGUACAAAUCUGGGAAGCUGAAAGUGCAGAUUGAAUCCCUGGCAGCAGGAAGCAUCAUUGUGAGGCUCAGAAUCACUGUGCAGGAUCCCGAGUUUCCAGUGGAUGCCUCCACAUUUGCCCCAGUGCUUUCCCACCUGCACAAUGGCUCUGUGCUUGUGGUGGAUCAGCAAAACACUGCAGUAGAAGACUGGGAUGAAUGUGCUUCCCAAGCUGAAAAUGACUGCUCUGUGUUUGCAGAGUGUAUCAAUUUGAUGGGCUCCUACAUGUGCAGGUGCAAGACAACCAUGGAUACCAAUCCAUCUCGACCUGGAAGAAACUGUGAGGGUGAGGUUGUGGAUCCUCUCACUGAAACCAUGGCUCCUGAAAUAAGAAUCAGCACAGACUUUGCUCUGGAAGAAGGAAGGCCUGCAGGCCCUGCUGCCGCUGCCACCACCCAGGCCAUGGCCGCUGCAGCCUUCCAGAAUGUUAGUGGCACAGUUUGGAUAACAAACAUGGAGUACUCCCCAGGCUUUAGCAAUACAAGCAGUGAGGAAUAUCAAACCGUUGCACAGUUCUUUGUUGAUGAAGUGCAUAAAUCUCUGCCCCUUGAGGUGCUCCAGCAGAUGGAUGCUGGUCUGGUUAAAGUGCUGGUAACGGGUGUUACUAAUGGGAGCACAGUGGUAAGUUUCAAUUUGCUGCUUGCAGAAGAAGUGGAUGUCCACCAUGUCAUCACUGCUUUUUGUGAGGCCUUGGAACACAGCUCCUACUUCACCAUCGACAGGAGCAGCCUCUCCAUACACGCAACAGUACUUUAUUUUUGGCACUCUUCAGCACUUCCCUUCAUCCAAAAGGCAACAAUGAUGGAUGAGAAACCUGUUCACAGCACAGUUUUACCUGUGACAUCUUUGCAAACUUCAGCUCAUGUUUCCUCCCUUGCUUCACUGGACUUCUCUCCUGCUGAGCACAAAGCUCUGGAGGACACCAAGUUCUCCAGCACGGUGCUGACUCCUCUCACCAGCAAUCCCAUGGCACCUCCUGAUGUUUCUCCUCGAGCAUCUCCAGCCCCACUUGUCAAACCUGCCCAAGAGGUUUCCAUUAAAGACGCAGUGAGUGUGUUUUGUGAAAUUGAGAGGAUCAUCCUUGCCAUCCAGAAGAGAUUCUUGCAGCAGGAGUCUAUUCCAGAGAGUUCCCUGUUCCUGGGGGAGCCUGGCUGCAAUGUGAGCACCAGCAAUGACACCCACGUUGUGCUGCAGGCGGGCUGGAGUGACUGUGGCACCCAAGUUGAGACUAACACGACUACUACUGUGGUGAAAACCACCCUUCGGAAUGAUGUUUCUGCUCAGGGAAUAAUCCACCACUUGAACGUUGCCAGUCCUAUCCACUGUGUGUUUCAAAAUGAUGUCUUGACUUCCUCUGGGUACACUGCAGAAAGACUUUACACCAUCUUUGAGGAUUUGCAUGGAUCUGGACACUUCAGAACAGAAAUGCAGUUGUUCACUGGAAACACCCCAGUCCCCAAAAAUUUCAGUGUCUCUGCCAGUGAGGAUGUGCUGAUCGAAGUGGGGAUGCAGAGGGCAGACAACAAGCUCAAGGUGGUUCUCACUGACUGCUGGGCCACUCCAACCAAUAAUUCAGUGGAUCCUCUGUCAUUUGUUUUUAUCAGCAACAGCUGUCCCAUCCCAAAUACUUACACCACACUGCUGGAAAAUGGGAAUUCGAGCAAAGCUCAGUUUAAGAUGAAAAUUUUUUCCUUUGUCAACAACUCUGUGGUUUACUUACACUGCAGAAUUCGUAUUUGUAUGGAGUCACCAGGAAGCACCUGCAGGACUAGAUGCCAUGCACGGGCUCGGCUCCUGGAGGCUGGGGAAACCAUCGCCCUGCACAGAACAUCCUGGGGACCCCUGUGUAAAUCACCUGCAUCUGGUUUGAAGAGAGAGAAGGAAGCUGGAAUGGGAAUUGGAUACAUCAUCCUCAUAGCCCUUGCUGUGUUUGGUAUUGUGCUGGGAGUUGUGACCCUUCUCAUUUGCCAGUACCAGCGAAGGAUGGGAAGAUACAACCUCAGGAUCAAGUCUGACAACUUCAGCUACCAAGUGUUCUAUGAUUAGUGA